UAAAGAUGUCAAUGUCAAAAUAUGACAACUAUAAUCUUAAAUCUAUAGGUAGGUAAUGUUUUAUCGUCAGAUUAUUUUUUGGCGCAGUAUAACUGAAGCAGUACCUAUAAUUUGUUGUUACUGUGAAUUUCGGACCUAAAUAAUUCCAUGUCUGGAAUGAUAACUCGAGCAAGAGCCUUCUCGACGCAAGCGUUGAAGGUAGUCAAUAAUGCUGCUAAGCAACAGUUUGUUGUGACUUUACAAAGCGCGGAAGCAACCGUUACUUAUGACAAAAAAGAUGAAGAAAUAACAUUUAUUCACACAAAUGUGCCUAAGGAAUUUCAAGGGCGAGGUGUUGGUAAACUGUUAGCUCAGCAUGUUUUUACUUACGCCAAUGACAACACCUUGAAGGUUGUAUGCAAGUGUCAUUUUCUUGCAAAAUAUUAUGAAGAUAAUUUAGAUAAAUUUAAAAAUCUUCAGGUACAACUAGAUUUAGAAUAAAACAAUGGAUGCUAUGUGGUGUAGGUGUAAUAUACAUUAUUAUUUACGUGAAAAAUGUUAUGGUAAGGUUAAAAAAAUUGCUAGGGAAGCUGCAAUGCAAUAUAGUGACAAAUCAGAAUUUUUAUUUUAUCAUGGAUUAUCAAAUAUUUUAGAGGGACAAAUACAACAAGGUAUAAAUGAUUUAACACCUCUGCAAUCCCAUAGAGAUUUGCAGUUUGCUAUUGUGAUGGCUCUUAUUUACAGUAACAAACUGUUGAAUAGUUCUGAAAGAGAAAAUAUAUACAACUUGGAAUCGAAAUUAAAAGAAGAAAAAAAAGUCGCUAACAGUGUUUCAUUUUAUUAUGCAGGAUUAUUUUUAUCACUAGCAGAAAAGUAUGAAAAAGCAUCUGAAUAUAUAAAUAAAUCAUUAAGAAAAGAUCCUAAUAACUUGGAUACAUUAAUUUUGAAAGGUUGGAAUGACAUGUACUUAAACAUUGGUGACAUUCAAGCUUCAAUUUUGGACUGUCUAGAGUUAGCUCUUCAAAAAAGUGAAAGGAACAUAGAAGCUCUUUUGGGUUUAGCAAAAUUUAAAUAUUUUAUGAGAGACUUCAAUGCCUCCAAUUUAUUAUUGGACAAACUUAUAGUAAAUAAUCCACACCAAGCUGUACCAAUUAUUGAAAAAUUAAAAAAUGAAUUUGCUGCUCAAAAAUGGGAUGCUGUAUAUGAUGCACUAGAAAGAGUUCUUUCUAUAGAACCGGCAAAUGUUGAAGCUCUAAAGAUAAGAAUAUUUAUUGCCCUAUGUAAGAAUUCAGACUAUAUUGAAGCAGUUGAUCAACUCAAUACAUUUUUUACUCUCUUGGAGAAUGAAGAAACUAACAAUGCUUUUCUAUUUUAUAAUACUGCACAGACAUUUUCUAGAGUAUGUGGAAGAUCUAGUGCAGUACUUUCUCAAGUAUACAGAUUUGCACAAUAUGCAUCAGAAAUGUAUUCCAAUAAUGUUGAUUACUUAAGUGAAGUGGGCUACCAAUGCGUUUUACAGGGAAAGUAUAAAGAUUCCUUGAGUUUCUUUAAAGCAGCUAGUAGAGUUGACAGUAAUUCCAUAACUGCUUUAUGUGGUUUAACAAUUUGUCAAAUGUUUGAAAAUGGUCCAACUGAUCAGAUUUCUCAACAAAUUGAGCUUUUGUAUGAAAUGCAAGGAAUGCAAAAGUUUCCAAUUUUGUACUUAUUGUCAGCACAGUUGAACACAAAGAAUCCAAAUGCUGUUAACUUUUUGAACAAAGCAAUAGAUGCUCAAAUAGCUUUAGCUGAUAUCUAUCCAUACAGCCUUAUCUAUAUAAAGAAUCUUGAUCCAGAUUUUCUUCUAGAAGUUUAUAAAGAAUACAAAAAGCAUUUACCAAAAAAACCUUUUGUUAUUGUUGGUCAUAUACUGUACAAUCAAGAAGGAAAUAAUUCAUCUGUGUCAAAUUGUAUGAAAUUGUUAACUACAAUAUACCAAUCAUGUCCUGGAUUAAUACCUGUAUUGUAUGAAUUAGCCAAAUUAAAAUUUGCCUUUGGUUAUUCCGAUGAGGCACAGAAGUUGGCUCAGCAGAUUGUUGAUCUUGAUAAUACUCAUGCAGGUGCCCAAGUUUUACUAGCGCAAAUAUUAAUUCAACAAGGUGCAUUUGCAAAAGCAGCACAAUCUUUAGAAAUGUGCCUGAGCUAUAAUUUUAAAAUUCGAGACAGUGCUAUGUAUCAUUUUCUAAAUGGUGUUAUUUUAAAAAAUAUGAAUCAGUUGCAAGAAGCAUUGGCAAGCUUCGUAACGAGUCUUCAGAUAUUGACAGGAAAGAGUAAUAUUAACAGACAUAUUGAACCUGAACUAAAUAUAAUUGAUAGAGCUACAUUAUAUUUGCAAAUAAUUGAACUACAAACAACUUUAGGACAACUUGGAGAAGCAGAAAAAACCAUGCAGGAAGCAAUUCAGGAAAUCACCUUUACUUCAGAAGAAAGUCGAUUACUAAUAGCUCGUUCAGAAUUAGCCCUAAAAAAGGGUGACAUUGACAAUGCUAUUGAAAUUCUCAAUGAAGUAAAACCAGGGCAAUCUUAUUACUUCCAAGCUCAUAGCAAAAUGGCACACAUUUACUUAAAGGAAAAGAAUGAUAGAGUUAUGUUCACAUCAUGCUUCAAAGAUAUUGUCAACAAUCACCCAAUGGCAGAUGCACAUACAAUGAUGGGUGACGCUUAUAUGUCAAUUCAUGAGCCUGUACAAGCAGCUGAAUCUUAUGAAACAGCUUUAAAGGGCAACCCUAAAGACAUAAAUUUAAUAAAAAAGCUAGGAGAAGCAUUAAUGAAAAUGCAUGAAUAUGAUAAAGCAGUGCAACAUUAUGAAAAUGCUAUUAAAUUGUUGAAUGAUGAUGAACUUAAAUUUGAAUAUCUGGAAAUUCUUAUCAAGCUAAGGCAAUACGACAAAGUUGAUUCAACAAUAUCGAGCGAACUAAAUCAAUUAUACAACAAAGAAAAAGAUAUAUCAACAUUGAAACGUCGUAUCCGCCUGCUUCUUACUCAAUUUAAAAGUCGUGAACUGAAAAAUCCAACAGCGGGAAAUACAAAUUUAAUUCUAACAGAAGCAAAAGAUUUACAAACAACUAUUUUGAAAAGAAUAGAAAUAGACUCGAGGAGAGAUUUAGAAGAGGAGAAAAAGCAAUUGUCAACAAUUCUCUGUUUAUUAGCAAAAGUAAAGUCUGCUAAGGAACCUGCAGUUGCAGCCAGCCUUUAUUCGGAGGCAUUAAUAAAUUUGCCGAGAGAUCCAAAUACUUUGUUGGCUUUAGCUAAAUUAUAUGCCCAGAUGAAUAAUCCUGAAAAAUGUGAACAAACUUGUACCGUGCUUCUGAACACAGAUCCUAAUAACGAAUCAGCAGCUGUUAUGAUGGCAGAUUUAGCUUUUCGUAAGGUCGAUUUAGAAACAGCUCAGCGUCAUUUAGAACAAAUUUUAUCUGUAAAACUUACGAGCUGGGAGGCGCUUGCGCAACUCAUUGAAGUGCAGUGGCGACGUGGGAAGUUAGAAGAAGUUGAACAAACAUUGGAUGCAGCUAAAACCCUAUUAGGAAACCACGACGAUCCAGGCUAUUCGUACUGCGUGGGCCUGCACUCGAUGUACUCGGGGCGCGUGAACGCGGCGCUGCGGCAGCUGAACGCGGCGCGCCGCUCGCCGCGCUGGGCGCACGCCGCCGCGCGCCGCAUGGCGCUGCUCUGUCUGGCGCAGCACGCCAGCGCGCCGCGCGCCGAGCCGCUGCCCGUCGACGACUCGGAUACUCGUCUCCUAGCACUGAGAACAGGCGAAAAGCUUAUAUCGGAAGUAGCUCCAUCGGAACGUAAAUCGUUACAAGCUCUCUUGCAACUGGCUACUAAACAGAAAUCGCAGGCCGAACGAGUGUUACAGGAACUUUUGCCACUAGUCACUGAAGAUGGAUUCCAGGAUGACCCGUACCUUAUUCUAGCUAUUGCAAAUGCGUACAACAUCUUAAAACAACCAACUAGGGCAAAAAACAUUCUAAAAAGAACCAUAUCUUCUAUACCAUGGACACCAGAAAAAGCAGAUGGCUUGGAGAGGUGUUGGUUGGAAGUUGCAGACAAUCAAAUAAAUUCGGGUAGAUCAGACGCAGCAAAGGAAAUUUUAACAAAAAUUAUAAAUCACAACAAUUCUUGUGCAACCGCUUAUCAAUAUUUGGGAUCUUUAGCCGAAAAGGAUCAAAACUAUAAAGUAGCCGCUUAUAAUUAUGAUAAGGCUUGGGUGCAUACAGGUAAAAAUGAUUUGGCCGUAGGAUAUAAACUGGCGUACGCAUACUUGAAGGUGAAAAAAUACCCAGAAUGUAUUGUCGUCUGCAGAAAUAUUUUAAAAACUCACCCAGACUAUCCGAAAAUAAAGAAAGAAAUAUUAGAUAAGGCUAAAAUGAAUCUCAGAACUUAAAGUAUUUUAAAAAAAUAUGUAUUGCAAGAAAUAUUCGAAAUAAAAAAAUUGUUUUCUUAGUGAAAUAAUUUGGCCGUUAUUUGUUUCGAUUUACGUAACAAGAACACUUGGUAUAAAUUUUUUACAGGUUUUGGAAAUUUUAUGCUUAGUUUCUCUUACAUAUUAUAAGAAAUAUCUAAAAUGACUAUUUUGUAGGAUCCUAAUAAUAUAAUAUUACUAUGAAAAAAGGCGCACAGCAUUUUAAUAAAAUGACUAGACGAAA